AUGAAACUCAUUCUUUUUUUCGCUCUAUUUGGCACAAUUGCUGGUAAUUUAUCACUUGAAUGGGAUAAAUUCAAACGUGAUUACAACAAACAGUAUGCAACAGCUACCGAAGAAAACGACCGUAAACAGAUAUUUAUUAAAAAUGUCAAUCAAAUGCGUUCUUAUCAACAAACACAUUCUGAUGCAACAUUUACAAUGGCAAUCAAUCAUUUAACGGAUCAUCAUAUUGAGGAUCUUGUCUUUGGACCAAAAACUCACUUUAAAUCUCGUCCAACAUUAUUGAAAAGUUCCAUUGAUGUAAAGAAUCUUCCUGAAUCACUUGAUUGGCGAACAAAAGGUGUGAUCACACCUGUACAUAGCGAGGUAGGAGUUAUUAUAACUGCUAUUGUAAGUACUGAACUCGUGGAAACUCUUUAUGCUAUUGAAACCGAUAAUCUCAUACAAGGUAGUAUUUCACAAGUAUUCGAUUGUUGUCCACAACCAAUUGAUCAAUUUGACUGUAUAAUGAACUUCAGUGGUAUUUGUCGUAACAGUGACUAUCCAGAAUCCCUUGACACAUGUAAACCAGACAAAUGCAAACCAUUCGCUACUAUGCAAAUUGUUGGCUAUGGUAUCGAAGGUGAUACACCGUACUGGUUGUGUAAAAAUAACUGGGGUGAAAAAUGGGGUGAGAAAGGUUAUGUUCGUAUUGUACGGGGAAAGAAUAUGUGUGGUAUUGGCAAUGUAGUCAUACAAAUAGCCAAUACAAAGAAAAGUGAUGCUAUACGACAAUAUUCCAUUGUUCCAAUGUCUUUAAUUAUAAUUUCUUCUAAUUACUUGUUAAAUAAAAUGAAAAUGGAUAUGGAUAUGAGUAUGUGUAUGGUUAUGCAAAAUGGUUUUCAAGUUGCAAAUGGAAAAGAUGGUUGUAUUCUAUUUUUAUUUCAAGGAUGGAAUGUUGAUACUCAUGUUAAAUAUGCAUUUAUGCUUAUUGGUGUUAUAUGUAUGGGUUUACUGAAUGGAGCAUUAGCCUAUGUUCGUCAUUGUUUAGUAAAUAAUUCAAAACAUACAUCGUCUUUAUUUAUUCAUCAAAUUUACUUAUCAUUACUAUAUGCAAUUCAAAUUGUUCUUGCAUACUGGAUGAUGUUAUUAGUUAUGACAUAUGAAACAGGUAUUUUUAUUUCACUUAUAUGUGGGCUUGUUCUUGGUCAUUUUAUUUUUGGCUAUAUUGAAGCAAAAAAUCGUUCAUCAACAAGUAUUCAACCAGAAACAACUAAUACCACAUUUCAAAAUCAAUUUAAUAGUACACCUUGUUGCCAAACUAAUGCUUAA